AUGGGUCGCCUCCACCAUGCAGAUCCCCCUGCGUCAUCCUCCCACUCACUCCAUUCUCUUGACGACGCGCCGCCUCCAUACACAGAUGACCCCGAACUCAUUCUCGCCCCUGUUCAACAUGCCCAACCUAUCCAACCCGCCCAGCCUCCUCCAAGCAUCCGACCCCUCCGCCUAAUCGACUCCGCCUACGUUCUCCCCGGCGGCAACAAUGGCAAACCCGAAGACAAAGUCUCUCUCGCCCUCGAACCAACGCUCUCAAGCAACCCCAACGAGCUCUACGAGGCCAUCCGCCGGCAAAUAAAGCUUCCGCCACGGCCGUUACUCUACAUCCAUGGCACCCACACCGAAUCAAGCAACGACAACAAGAAAAGCAAAAACAACACAUGCACAGACUUCAAAUUCAGGCUGGAUCUGGCCGAGACCAUGCUGACCGGCUGGGAGGGCGGACCCAUGGACGUAAACUGGAGGGAAACAGAAAUCCUCACAGAUGAGGACCUCAAACCCGCGUAUCGGGGAGGAAUCCUCCGCUCGCGCAUCUACAAGCCGCCUAAGUCGCGUGCUGCUAUCAGUCUUGAGGGGGACAGCGAUGCCCUCUUAGGACAGGAUCACACCGACAUAGAGGAUAACAGCUCCCCAGAAGCGAAAAACCUGAGGAUGUGGUGCGAGCGCUUCUGUCGUGACCCCGCUUCGGUGAAAUCAUUCACUCUGCAUCGCGAAAUGAAAGGUUUCGACUCCAACGCCAUGCGCAACGUUCUCUCCUCCCACAUCCGCGAACUCAACUACCGCGGCUCCAUAGCCUUCCAGCUCUUCAUCGCCCAGCGCUCCGUCACAAUCUACUCUCCCCACUGGAUCAACCGGCUCCGCACCAACCGUUUCAUCUGGUGGACUGUCGUCCUUCUCCAGCUCUGGAUCAUUACCUGGCCGGUUAUCUUCUUCAUGGAGAAGAGGUAUGAACUCGUGCACACGCGCUGGAAUGCGUCGCUUAGACCGGAGUCUGACUCUGCGUUGGCGACGUGCUACGCGUUUGGUCGUGAUGAGUCUUCUUUGGCGGAAUACUGGGCUCCGGCUGUUAAGCAGGCGGCAUGGACUCGGCGACAGGGUGGAGGUGAUCUUUUGACGCGAAUGGAUGCGGAUCGUUUGCAGGGGUAUAGUACCCAACAGUUACUUGGUCUUCGGGGUGCUACUUCGGAUACUGAGGUUGAGCGCCGGGAGAGAGUUAAUAACGGUGAGGGUGGGUUUGUUGAUAAUGUUGUAGGUCUGGUGAGAGGGAUCAGUGAAGCUGGGCAGGAUUGGAGGUUUUCUGCGGGAUGGGGUGCUAACUCUUAA